GAGAAGAUUCAUGGAAAUGUAGAUGGAAAUAAUCUUGAAACAAGAAGAAGAAGAAGAAGAAGAAGGAAAAAAGAAAAUUAAAAAUAUAGAAAAAGGAAGAAAGAGAAGGCUGUCUGCUCUAUUUAAACAAACGUUGGGAGAAGGCGCGGCCUCGGACCUCUGAUCUUGGGCUUUUUCUGUCCGUUGUUCUCGUCGGGGGCUUUCUUUCUUGGGCUCUCUGCUUUUUUUUUUGUUGCGUAGGAGAGAGAGUGAGAGAAGAGAAAGAAACAAUGACGAUCUCGGAGGGCAGCCCAUUGAUCGUUUGCUUCGGCGAGAUGCUGAUAGAUUUCGUGCCGGACGUGGCUGGUCUCUCACUGGCCGAAUCCUCCGGCUUCCUCAAGGCCCCCGGUGGUGCACCCGCCAACGUUGCGGUGGCUAUCACCAAACUUGGUGGCAAAUCUGCCUUCGUUGGCAAGUUUGGCGAUGAUGAAUUUGGCCGCAUGUUGGUGGACAUCCUAAAGAUCAAUGGCGUGGAUCACAGUGGCGUUUGCUUCGACGAACAUGCUCGAACAGCACUGGCUUUCGUUACCUUGAAGAAGAAUGGUGAAAGGGAGUUCAUGUUCUACAGAAAUCCUAGUGCUGAUAUGUUGUUGAAGGAAUCUGAACUCAAUCUAGGUUUGAUCACCAGCGGUAGGAUCUUCCACUACGGUUCAAUUAGUUUGAUUUCUGAGCCCUGCAGAUCAGCGCAUCUUGCUGCCAUGAAGGCUGCCAGGCAAGCUGGAUUGCUGCUCUCUUAUGAUCCAAAUGUGAGGCUGCCCCUUUGGCCCUCUGCUGAUGCUGCGCGUGAAGGUAUUAAGAGCAUCUGGAAUGAGGCAGAUUUCAUCAAGGUUAGUGAUGAUGAGGUUUCAUUCUUGACUGGUGGAGACUCCGAGAAGGAAGAUGUGGUUCUUUCUCUGUGGCAUGACGGGUUGAAAUUGAUGGUAGUCACCGAUGGGGAGAAGGGUUGCAGAUACUUCACCAAGAAUUUCAAAGGAAGAGUAGCCGGAUUCUCAGUAAAGACUAUUGAUACAACUGGUGCCGGUGAUGCCUUCGUUGGUUCUCUCUUGGUCCAACUCAGCAAGGACUUCGACAAUCUCGUUCAGAAUGAAGAGAAACUGAGGGGCGCCCUGCAGUUUGCAAAUGCAUGUGGAGCCAUCUGCACAACACAGAAAGGCGCCAUUCCUGCUCUUCCUGAUGCUAACACUGCUUUGAAGCUGAUCGAGAGCCACAAAUCCUCCUAAGCGGCAAGAAUUUGACAGGCAUCUUCCUUUUUUUUUAUAAAAUCCUUGCUCCCGCACCAUCCCCAGGAGCUUUUUAUUAAGGCUCAGUUUUUCUUUUAGUUUGUUUCCCUUCUUUUUUUCCUUUUUGGUCUCAUCCUCACUUGUUUUUCUCUCUCUUGGGAGAAUAAGAACGAGAAGUUUUUGUUUGAACGGUUGGUGGUGCUACUGAAAUGUUUAAUUUUGUUUUGCUUUUUA